AUGGCAGCAGCGCAAGGGAUCCCAGACUUAUCUAACGCCAUAGUUGCCCAAGAUGAAAUGGGUAGGCCGUUUAUUAUUGUUAGAGAUCAAGGCAAGAAGCAAAGAAAGCAUGGCGUGGAAGCCACCAAAUCUCAUAUUUUAGCUGCUAGAUCAGUUGCCUCUAUUAUACGUACAUCAUUAGGACCUCGAGGAUUGGAUAAAAUAUUGGUUAGUCAAGAUGGAGAUAUUACUAUUACAAACGAUGGAGCAACAAUUCUUUCACAAAUAGAUUUAGAUAAUGAGAUUGCCAAGCUAUUGGUGGAAUUGUCUAAGUCUCAAGAUGACGAAAUUGGCGAUGGAACAACUGGUGUUGUUGUCCUAGCUGGAGCGCUCCUUGAUCAAGCUUUGGAAUUACUUGAAAAGGGCAUUCAUCCUAUUAAAAUUGCAAAUGGUUUUGACGAGGCUUGUAAGAUUGCUUGUCAACAAUUGGAUAAAGUAGCAGAAAAAAUUGAUAUAACUAAUGAAAGUACUGACACUAAUUUAUUAAAGGCAGCUAAGACUUCUUUAGGAUCUAAAAUAGUAUCAAAAUCUCACAACCAAUUUGCUCAAAUGGCUGUUGAUGCUGUUUUGGCUGUUGCUGAUUUUAAAAGAAAGGAUGUCGAUUUUGAAUUAAUAAAAAUGGAGAGCAAGGUAGGUGGAUCAAUAGAAGACUCCCAUUUAAUCAAAGGUGUUUUAUUGGACAAAGAGUUCUCCCACGCUCAAAUGCCAAAGAAAGUUGAAGAUGCUAAAAUUGCUAUUUUAACUUGCCCGUUUGAGCCACCAAAACCAAAGACUAAGCAUAAGUUGGACAUUUCAACGGUUGAAGAGUUUAAAGUUUUGCAGGAUUAUGAGCAGAAAAAAUUUCAGGAGAUGAUCGAAAGUGUUAAAAACUCGGGCGCUAAUGUUGUUGCCUGUCAAUGGGGUUUUGACGAUGAAGCUAAUCAUCUAUUACUUGCAAAUGACUUGGCGGCAAUCAGAUGGAUUGGUGGCUCUGAAUUAGAGCUACUUGCCAUUGCUACCAAUGGACGUAUUGUUUCAAGAUUCGAGGACUUAACUGAAGACAAGUUGGGAAGGGCAGGAGUUGUAAGGGAACUUGACUUUGGAACUACAAGGGACCGCAUGUUAGUCAUCGAAGACUGCUCGAAUACAAGAGCUGUGACAUGUUUUGUUAGAGGGUCCAACGAGAUGAUAGUUGCUGAAGGUAUUAGGGCUCUUCACGAUUCAAUAUGCGUUGUUCGUAAUCUAAUUCGUGAUAGUAAAAUUGUCUACGGAGGAGGAGCAGCUGAACUCUCUUGCUCCCUAGCUGUAGGCGAAGCAGCUGACAAGCAGAAGGGAAUAGAUCAGUAUGCUUUUAGGGCUUUUGCGAAUGCUCUCGAUACUAUUCCUAUGACAUUGGCUGAAAAUUCAGGCUUGGAUCCAAUUGAAACACUCUCUAGUCUAAAGUCGAAGCAGGUGAAUGAAAAUGUUUCUCACUUGGGAGUUGAUUGUUUAGGUAAAGGAACGAAUGACAUGAAGGAACUUUUUGUGAUUGAUCCAUUAAUUGGGAAGAAGCAACAAUUGUUACUUGCCACUCAAUUAACAAGGAUGAUACUUAAGAUUAAUGAUGUCAUCAUCAGCUCUAAAGAUGAAUAUUAA